AUUUCCAGUCUGACAGGUAUGAGUUGGGACCUGUCUGUAUGGAGCUAUCAAAGAACCAAAAGAAAUCUCAAGGGUGCAGGAAUAGCCUCAAAGAUGAGACUCAAUGCAGUGAAGGAUCUCUUGGGUCUCUUGGUACCUCAGUCUUGGCGACUUUAAAUGAAGACAGCGACACUUGUCUAGAGCUCGGUCCCAGUCUCUCAGAUGGCUGGAAAAAUAGCAACACCCACACUCGCAGGAUGGAAAAAAUACCUGAUGGCCAAAUGAGUGCAGAGAACAAAGAUCGGCCUUGGUCCCCUACAAGAUGUCCCCACAGCAGGCUUGAGAACAGUGCUAGUAUUACUGGAUUUGGUGCAACUCGCAGGCUGCUACAUGAGAAUCCAUCUGAGAACGAUCGUGAAUUAAUCGAAUACCGCAAUCUGACACCUCAAGUACCGUUUGUGCCUUGUGUUGCCAAAUCACUUCCAAAGAAGAGGAUCUUUUUUCACAAGCCCAAGAAGUCCAUCAAAGACCUCUUCGUCCACAAAAAGCACAGUUGUAAGAAAGCAGCCUCACCGUCUACACCAUGUCGUGAAUACGGACCAAAGUCGAAACAGACUAAAAAAUCUUCACGAUGCCAUGAUCGUGCCAGGGCUGGUGAAAAAAUAGAUGAUUUUCUUUCUUUUUCUGAUUCCUCAAGUGAAUGUUGUGCCAGUGUCCAUGAAGAUUCUGUGUCGGUGCAAAGUUUUGGCUCUCAGGCCGGAUGCGGAGAGAUAUUUGCAGAUGAGGAAUUUGUUGUGUCACUUGAAGGAGCGGCUAAUCCCAAAAUGUACAAGGAUGGCGGCGAAACCCCAAAACGAAGUCCUGUUGCUUCUGCAUUUCUGGGAGGCAAUAAACAGCUGGCAUCAUCUGGUGAAAGUGAAGUUUUGGAUUUAUUCACAAUGUGGGAGACAGUUAAUUUAACCAUUCCUACUGGACAAAGCUUAAGCCAGGGAGCUAAAGCAACCUCAACACCAAUGUCUAGUUUGCCAGUUUACAAUAAAACAAUUAGCCCUUCUGAGAACCUCCAGGACAUGAGUUCAGAAAUAAAGACCCCACUGUUAAACAAGGCAGCUAGUCCCCUUGAUGACUUUGCUGCCCUGAACAGGACUCCAAAAGCAAAGAUGCCACUGUCAAGCAAGUCAGCUAGCCCCCUUGUAGACUUUACUGUUCCAAACAACACAGUAGAAGCAAAGACACCAUCAUCAAACAAUACAGCUAUUCCCCUGACAUGGGUGACUCAAAAAACUGAGAACCAGGAAAGCAUCAUUGAUGAGGGUUACUGUGAUUACAUUUCAUCCGAGGACCACACUGGGCAAUCUCUUACACCAGUUUAUUCCAGAAAGUUUCCCAGAGAUUCCUACAGUGGAGAUGCCCUGUAUGAGCUGUUCUUUGACCCCGGUGAAGUGGAAACGACUCCCAUUUUUGAUGAUGAGAUGGAUUUAACCCACAGUGUUUUUGGCCUGCCCAGUCCAGACCUUCCGUUAUCGAUGUACAGCUUCCAUGUUGGAUCCGAGGAGAACCUUGCUCCCUCUUUGCCCUUGGACUUAAUCAACCAUGAUUUUCUUCAAAGUAACUGGGUGGGCAAGGAAUGCCUACUGAAGCUUUGUGACACAGAAAUCUCACUGACUAUGGGUUUAGUCAACUGGUUGAAGCAAAGAACCCUCAAGGGUAACAAAACAGAGGUCGCGUCUCCAGGAGUCAGCACUGAUGAGCAAUGUCAAGAGGACAAAAUCCAAUCAGAAAAUCUUACAAAUGUACCAAUAAAUCUCAGUCAAAAUACUUCAUGUUGGAUAGAUGCUGAUUCUCUCCCAGAGUUUAAUUUAAAACAACAAAAAAGACGGGUUACGACACCAGAGAGCCAACCCAGGACCCCAACAAGUCAUGUAUGCUUCCAAAUAUUUAAUAUCAACUCAACAUCAACACCAAGCCAGGCUUUAGCAUCUCCAUUAGGACAUUCUCCAAGCUCCAGAACAAGUUCCAUGUUUGUUCUGGCUGUCAACAAGGAAUCUCUCUGUGAUUCUUGCAAGGCUUUGCUGAAAAAUGGGGCCAAGAAGUUGCACCUGUGUCAUUCAUGUAUCGCCUUUGUUGAACACAUCAAGAGCUCAGAUUUUUGGGGUUGUGCAAAACCUAAUCAAGCUAAGAUUGUAGAAAGCCCUCGAUUAUUGAAUGUAGGAGUGCUUCCAUCUCCAUGCAGCAGUUAUGGAAUAGCAAGUGACAUCAGUCUUCUUUCACUGGUUGAGCAGUGUGCUAAUCAGAUGUCUUCAAUGAAGAUAAACCAGCAUCGGGAUCUUUCCACUGCUGCCAAGCCAGAGAAGGAGGAACGACAGAAGAAAAAAUGCACCAGGAAGGACGUCAAAUCCAAGUCCAAGACAAAAGGCAACUUGACAGGAAGAGGUAGCCUACACCACAAGGUGGUCCAAAGUCCUUCUGUAUUAGAGGACAAAAAACACGGCCUUGUGACAACCAAGGAGUCACGCCACCUGAAGACGAAUCCACCCAAUAGCAACGAAGUAUUUCAAGCUUCUAGACCCACGUCUCUUUCACUCCCGAACCCGACCUCAUCCGAGUUCUCUAAACAAGAACAUCACGGCAACAGGAAAGUCAAAGAGAAAGAACACGAGCGACGAAACAAGAAAGCAGCGGUGAACAUGAACGGAUUAUCGGACCAUGUUGUGCCGGUGCAGAAGAUGGAACGAAGUCGCAGGAUGAAGAAAUAA